AAUGAUUUGACAAAAAAAAAAAACAUCUGAGGUGAGAUUUCUGCGAGUUGCUUGUGACAGUGUGUUGGCAAACCAGUACACAAAUUCACUAUAAAUCGAAUUAUUUCUGCAAACUUCGGGCUUUUGAUUGAUGAGUAACAAAUAGCUUGAGUAAUUUUUGAAUAAAUCUUCAAUUCAGCUUCAAAGAAACGAUGUCCGAUAAAGAAUUUUUGCGUGAAAUCAGAGAAGAGAUCAAAAGUAGCACUACGAAAAUGCUGCAGCAGAGUGAUCCACCGCCGGAGUUGAAACCGCUGCCGGAUGACCAAUGGCUGGCUUCCGAGGGGCCAAACGCGACCGAUCCAACGGAAGUCGAUCCUGGUUUCGAAUUCGUCGAGUUGGUUUCGGCGGACGAAAAAUCGGCGAAGGUCAAAAGCAAGGACGGUAAGAAAGCUACUAAGAAACAGCAAAAGUCGGAUGCUUCCGUGGAAACAAACUCUAAGAAGGUUGGGAAGAAGGAAGAGUCGAGUCCUCUGAGUCCGGAAGAUCUCAAGAAGGAAAUCUCCGAAAAGCUCGAGAAAGUUAAGGAAAAGCUAAAGGUGAAGAAAGAGAUCUGUAACAAUCUGGAUAGCGAGAAGCAUACAGCGACGAGUAAUGGAUAUGUUGAGGCUGAUGACGAAAGCGGAAGCGUGACGUCCAGUCAGAAGAGUUCCAAGAUAAGCUUAAAAGUUAAGGAGCAGGUUGUAGACGAUUCGGACCAACAGAAGCAGUAUGACGAGAAAACUGCGGCCAUGAAGGAUAGGAUCAAAGAUUUACAGAACAAAAUCAAAACCUUGAGCAUGGAUUCAUCAGGACCUUCUGGCCAGAAGAAAGAAUCGAAGAAAGACAAUAAGAAAAAGAAACCGGACCCGGAACCUCCACUGAAGAAAGCAGACAGCACAUCGACUUUGUCCAGCGCUUCCAAGCCGUCUAAAAAGGAACCCAAAGAUAAGAACAGCAAGGAGAAAAAAACGCCAGCGGCGGAAGCUGGUGCUGCACCUUGGGGCCAACAUUUGCCACCGCAGCUCACUAGACCGGAUAAUCUGCUGCUGCUCACGCUCCUCACCCUGGAUCCGAAGCAACGGGACGAUUAUCUGAUGAAAAUGGGCAAGGAACGAGCUAUGCUGGUUCCGUCGAAGAAAAAAUCCUCCACUGCAGACAAGUCGGCUGGAGCGGUUCAGGUAACCGCGAAAGUGACUGCAUUUGCUGCUGAGUUGAAACGGGCCGCCCUCCUCUACUGCUAUGGGCCAAAAAUGGCCACGGUCAAUGUUGGGGACAUUAGCCGUCCGUUUAUAACGGUGCAGAGCGUGCAGGAGGUGAAGAAGGUUUGGGAGUUUCGAACAUUCGAGGAAGAAGUGACGUAUCUCCUGAACAAUGGCAAGACCACCGAUAAGAAGGAUUUCAAAAAGGAACUCACAUUGGAGAACGUUUCCAAAGCGGAAAAGAAUAGUUUUCUCACGGAGCAGAAUAAGGCAGCUUUGGCAGAACUGGUGGAACGUUUGGUCAAGGACGGUGUCGGUUAUAUUGUCGAGGGAGUCGUUCGGAUUAAUCAGAACAAUAAUGCCCAAGCCUUCGUCGAUGAUAACACCCGGGAGGCGAAUGUGUUCAUCAACUCGGUCAUUUUGCGGAAGUGCGCCAUGGACGGCGACUACGUCAAGGUGUUCGUGAAGCACGGAGAUUCUCAAGAGGCAGGAGCGGCUAACUCUCCACCGAGUGGUUCAGAAGACAAGAAUGAAUCGAACGACGAAAACGGAGGAGAACGCCAGCAGAACAAUAGGGGAUUUGUGAUUGAGAUUUUGGAGAAACGGCACAGUCGGUUGUGCGUUGGGACAUUUAUGCCAUUUAAGGAAAAGGUAUCUCAAUCCCAGUACAUGAAGUUCGCUCCUCGUGACAUGAGGGUGCCUUUUAUGAGAGUGUACAAACAAAACUGGCCUGAAGCGAUUUUCAAGAAUGAUUUCAAGGAAAUUGAAUCGGUUAUCUAUCAAGCGGAGAUCAUUGAAUGGCACAACGAUAUUCCAAUUGCAAACAUUAUGAAAUCAAUUGGAAAAUGUGGGGAGUUAGAAGUCGAAAGUCAAGCCAUUUUGGUGGAGUAUGACCUGGACGUUUCACCGUACUCGGAGAAAAUCUUGAACAGUUUGCCCGGAUCGGAGUUCCAGAUACCGGAAGAGGAGCUGGCUAAACGAGAGGACCUUCGAGACGAAUGCGUGUUCACUAUUGAUCCACUCACGGCAAGAGAUUUGGACGACGCAUUGAGCUGUAAGAUACUCAAGAAUGGAAACUAUGAGAUCGGCGUCCACAUUUCGGAUGUGUCAUAUUUCCUGCGGGAAGCCUCCGAAUUGGAUGAGUUGGUUAAGCUGAGGGCCACUUCGAUCUACAUGGUAGAUGGAGUGUAUCAUAUGCUACCCAAAUCGUUGUGUUUCCUUUGCUCAUUGCUACCAGGCGAAGACAAGCUAGCAUUCUCCGUUUUCUGGGAAAUCACUCCGGAUGCUAAGGUACUUAAAACACGAUUCGCCAAAACGGUUAUCAAUUCGUGCACUCAGCUAGCGUACGAACAUGCUCAGAUAAUGCUGGAUAAGCCAAAUCAAGAUCUAAAGGUGGAAGACUUCCCACAGAUCCGUCACGGUUACACUCCAAAUUACCUCAGCCGAAUCGUCAAUCAACUGCAAAGCAUUGCAGUUCAAUUCAGGGCCCGUCGGAUGGCAAACGGCAACUUGAAGAUCAACCAACCGAAGUUGUCCUUCUCGUUGGAUCCCAACACGGGAAAACCCACCGACUUUGCCAUCUACGAGCUGCGUACCGCGAAUCAGAUGAUCGAGGACUUCAUGCUUCUCGCGAACGCCUCGGUUGCAGAAUUCACUCACGCCAAGUUUGACAGCACAUCGGUUCUGCGAAAUCAUUUCGCGCCUCAGGAUUAUCAAAUGAAGCACCUGGCAAAGCAACUCGCCAAACAUGGCCACAGUCUGCGGAUCGAUUCGUCCAAAGCGAUUGCCGAAUCCGUCGAGUCAAUUGUGGACGCCAGUUCGGAUCCGAUCGCUGCCCGUGCUGUUCUGAACAUUAUGAUCGCUAAACCCAUGACCCGAGCCCGUUACUUCUGUUCGGCCUUCGCGUCCGAUCCCGAAGAGUUCCAUCACUUUGCGCUGGCCAUUCCCAUGUACACGCACUUCACCAGUCCGAUCCGGCGGUAUGCCGAUUGUCUGGUGCACCGUGUUCUCGCUGGCGCGUUGGCAGUCGACGAAGUUCCUACACGAUCGCCGGACGAACUCAGCAAACUGACCGGCAUCUGCAACAUCAAAAAGUACAACGCCAAACUGGCCGGGGAUGCCAGCUCGCUGUUGUACUUCAAACACUACCUAAAGCAACGAACAUCACUGGAAGCCGAGGCUGCCGUACUGGACAUCGGUCCUCAACAAAUCGAACUGGUGCUAAUCGAAACUGGUCACGUCAUCAAAACUAGCUACAAGCAACUCUCCAAAUCGGUCGAUUUCAAAAUCACCGAAGAGGCCAAACCGAUCCGGCACUGUAUCCUCAUUUCCAAGGAGAAAAAGUUCGCCCCGACAUCGUUGAUGCUGUUCUCGAAAGUGCGCGUUACGGUCAUCGUGAUGAAGGACGCCCUCGCAAUCCGUACCAUCCUGCCGGCGACGGUGGCCACUGAGCAGAACGUGGCGGAUGCAACCGUGGCCAUGGAGGAGGGUGAUGGUGCCGUUGCAGAAGCAGCAACGACGGCGAAUUCAAAUGCGGCCUCCACUUCCAUAGCCUCGGAUGCAGAGCAGGAUAAUGCCAGCAAAGCUACGCAGCCAAGUGAAUCGUAAUGGAAUGGGAGGGGUGUGCCAUCCCCGCCUUGCAUCUAUUUUUCUAAGGAGACUGACUGAUGUAAGUAUACAUACACCGAUGCUUUACCUUGUUCCGUUCCGUGGUUCAUUAGCUGCAUAGCUCUGUGAGAUAUUUUGUUGAAGUUUUUUUUACUACCUAAUAUAAUUCUCUACGGACUUCUUUGUUGCAUUCACAUAUUAUACUAUUAGUUUUAUUUGGUUAACCAAGGAUGUUAUUAUUUCUCGGAAACAAUUUGAUUAUUUGUAUUGAAUAUAAAGUUUCCAUUUUGACAAAGAAGUGUUUAGUAAAAUGAACUGUAUUCUUCUGAA